AUGUGUCAGAAUGCACCAAAUCAAUGUUAUUUUUCUAAACCUUUCUGUCAAAAAAUGUUCCGUUUGAUUCACAUAGUCAUAGCACUGACACUAUUUCCAUACACUCAACAACAAUUCCGUAUGCGAUUAGAUUCACCAACAAUUGGACAAGCAGUAGAACUGGCACACGUCCUGUUUGAAGACGAAGAAAGCGAAGGUAUUAGUUAUAGAAGAGAUUGUAGAUUACUUGAUGAAGAUGAGUUGAGUGAUCUAUUUGGUGCAGUGCAAGAUGCUAAAGAUGACACUACAGCAAGGCCUAAUGUAUUGGAUGCCUUUUCAUUCCUUCAUUCUCGAAAUGAAGUAAAUUCCGGAGCACAUGGUGGUGUAGGAUUCCUUCCAUUCCACCGAGUAUUUUUAUACUUAUAUGAAAAGUUACUGCGUCAAUACAGACCCGGGGUGAGCUUGUGUUUUUGGGAUCCAACUUUAGAACCAGAAGACUACGAACAGUCAGAAAUUUGGGGUGACCGCCUAUUUGGAACAGCCCGGGGCAUUGUUUCAGAGGGAUUUGCAGCCAAUUGGAUGACCCCGGUUGGUCCUCUGAUACGAGAGGUAGGACGGACUGGAGGAACUGGUAGAAACGGAAGGACAUUAAACGAGAAGGAUAUAGAAAAUGUAUUGAGUAAGAAAAGAUUGGGAGAGAUAUCUUUUCCAAAUGGCAGGUUGUCGGAAAAUGUUGAAGAAUUACACAACCAUGUUCAUCUUUACAUUGGUGGAUUAAUGGCUCAAAUUGAAACAGCAGCUUAUGAUCCAAUAUUUUGGUUUUACCAUGUAUAUGUUGACUGUCUAUUUGAAGAAUUUAGAGAGAAGCAACGAAACAACACUACACCACCGGUAAUUGAUCCUGAAUUAGACUGGCCUUAUGAUUAUGCUGAACCAGAACAUGCACCAUUCGGUCCAAUGAGAUUAGGGGCAUUGAGAAAUAUUGAUGGACAAAAUAACUUCUUCUCUGAUAGAAUUCGUUGUGAGAAAGUUCCCAGCUGUAGAAGUGACAGAGAUUGUGGAAGGUUUAUGAACUGUAGGAGUCGCAAAUGCAUCUCUAAUCGUCGACCAAGAAAUAGGUCUAACAAUAAUAUGUUUGGGGGAUUUAUGAACGGCCUCGUUGGACCACAAACUUCAAAUCCGAUGAUUCAAGCACUGCAAGGGAUGGGAAUGAUGGGCAGAGGAGGUUUCCCGGGCAUGGGUGGUAAUAUGGCUGGUAUGUUUGGAGGUGGAGGUGGUUUUCCAGGAAUGGGAGGUGGAUUUCCAGGAAUGCCUGGGAUGGGAGGUCAAGGUAUGCCACAAAUGGGUAAUCAACAGGGUCGCCUGCAAGGACUGCCUGGAAUGGCAGCUGGAGGUUCGCAAGGCUUUUCUGCGUUCGGUGGAUUUCCUGGAAUGGGUGGUUCUCAAAUAUUCUCUGGACAAGGUUUCCCAGGGAUGGGGGGAUCUCAAGGAUUUCCCGGAAUGGGUGGUAUGGGAGGAUUUCCAGGCAUGGGUGGAAUGGGGGGCUUUUCAAUGGGUGGUCAAGGUGGUGGUGGUGGAGGAUUUCCAUUUGGAAAAUAA